ACUUGGCAUAACGAUAAUGACUUGAGGAAGGUCUUGCAUCCUACUAAUGUUUCUGUUGUCACUCCAACUAUUAUAACAAAUAGUUUCACAAAUUUUCGAAAUGACUUCCUUGUGUUGGACGUGUGCCUUUUUCGCAACGGACCACAGGUUUUUUAAAUUGGCUAAUUGUCAAGACGGCCUUCUAUGCUCCGCGGUAAUUGUAUAAUUAACAUGUACGCGUGCCGAAGUAGCUACAACAAAAAUAGUUCGCUUUUCUUUUAAAUGUUUCUAACGACAAAUUUCGACUAAAAUUCAAUCGAAAAUCAAUCAAAGAAUUCAAAUAGCCUGGCGUGUUUUCUGCGGUCGCAUUGAUAAGAAACCCACAGGUUGAAUGUACUGGAUCACACUUAAUAAUUAGGUGAACGGGUUUGUCAGCCGACUGUCAAUUUAUUCUGAGAAUUUUUCAAUUGAACUUUUCAUUAUCUCUGGGCGCAUCAGAUCAACGAACUAAGUUCGUCGAUCAAAAAUUAUCAAAGUACAAACGACUAGAUUAAGACUCGUUAUCUUUCUCUCACUCGUUAACGUUUCGCACAGAACCACUCAUUAUAGAAGGACGUGUAUUAUUUAGUAUUCUUAUUUUUAUUAACGUCCGACUCGAGUUUUCUUGUUGGUUUCUUAGCAAGAGCAAAAAAAUGUAUCAGCUCGUUUCCGAACGCUGGUUUUUGUGAAAAAUUUGAAAUAUUUAUACAAGCCCUUGCAGCAUUUGCGUCUUUCGCUCACCGAACGAAAAUAUCGAUUACAUCAGCGCAAUACUGCACCCGCAAAACAGGCAUUCCGAUCUAAUGGAUUACGGAUUUAUUCGUGCUGAACUUUAGACUUCCUUUAAAGAAAUUGACAUUUUUUAAAUUUAUGAUCUUGAAUAUUUUACAAAGUGAACAAAGGAACAUUUCUAUUCAAGCCUUUAAGGAUUGCUCAAGCUGGAAACAAGCCACGAUUCCUUGCGUAAUUCCUUCUUAACGAUUUACCGACUACUCAAAAAAUUUCGAUUAAUGACUUUGGCCGCAGGAUUAUAAAUGUUCCUUGUGACCGGUGCAUAGUCGUAACUUAACGAAUUUAAAGCCUGUGAAAUGUGAAUGAGCAGCUGCGACGGGUUGGUCAACUAAAAGUGUUUGUCGGUGACGUCAUUCUGAGUUUUCAGAAAUGAGCUAAGAAAUCCAAAGUACGUCGAGUAAACGGCAGUUUAUUAGCUGAGAAUUCCCCACAGCAAAUUUCUGCGGAAACCCCGAAACCCGAUACUAAGGAACGAAGUCUAAGCAGCCACAUUUUGUAGUACUGCUCUUUCCUGUCAAAUGUGAUUCCGUCUGGUAUCCGUCAGUCGCUUUUUCCAAGAGGCAGUGAACAAUUACAGUAAGUGCCAAUUAGAUUUUGACUUGUUAUAACGUUCGAGUUGUGAUUUUUUAAUUGGCAAAACUGAAAAUGGCCUCCAUCAGUAUUGAAUUCUUCCGUGCUGUGUCUGUUGGAUCGCUAGACGACCUGAACGAAAUUAUCGGCAAAAUCGGGGGGGAAAUGAUUUUCAAUCUGGCCCAAUCGUACAAUGAAACGGGAGAAACGCCUCUGCUCGUGGCCAUCAGCAAUAGGCAUCUACAUGUAGUCCAAUUUUUGGUUGGCGUAUUGGAAAUAGACAUCAGUCAAGAAGGUCGAUUUUCCUGGAAAGAUUUGGAUUAUUUGAAAAUCCCGCCAUUAUUUGCAGCCAUCAUUUCAGAUCAAAUGUCCAUCAUCAAUUACCUGAUCGAAACAAAAAAAGUUGCAGUGAAUUUGGAUUUGUUCUUGAGUGAUUCGCCUAAUCGCCAUAUAUUUGAAUUGCUUCGCCAAAUUAAUAUUCUAGAAUUGAUCGGUGCCGCAUACAUCUUGCAUGGGGACCGGGAGAGUCUUCUGUGCGGAUUGUCUUACUUGAAGAAAUCCGAAUAUUUUGUGCCUUUCCCAGUUGAUGAGACAAUGGAAGAAGCGGAACAAAUUCCUACAAAAGAUGAACUAAUAAUUCAGCGAGCUCUUAUUGUUUGUGAGCUAGUCCUAAGGCAGCUGCGUCUAUUUCCCAACAUUUACAUCCUUUCCAACUUCAUCAAGCAUUCAUGGAUGUCAUGGAUAUCUGUCUUGCAGCAAUUGAACAUUUGGUGGGAAAAUUCAGCUUCGUUCGUCUCAGCCGAGGCGUGGAACUUCAACAAAACGGCCCUCGACCACUGUUUGAGUUCAAUCCGACAUGAGCAAAACGAUUUCCCCGCUAGCACUUCUUGUAUAUUCAAAAAAUUAACGUUUGUUUUCAGCUUCGCCUCUGAGCAUUUGAUCAGGAUCCAUUCAAUGUACUGGCCAACUAACCAAAAGGAUCGCGCCGAUAAUAUUCACGAUACAACCAAAAUUGUCUGUAUCCUUUCCGUAUCGAUUAUGCGCAUGCUACCCCAGGUGAGUUUCCAGGACGGCGAACGAUUCAAGCAAAAUCUUGCACGUUACAUCCACAUCUACGAAGAAUGGGAAUCAGACAAGCCCAAUCUCUUCCAUCGAGCUUGCAAUCUUUUUUAUGUUGUUGAGCAGAAAGAGCCCGAUUACCAGCAGGUCAUCCGACUGUUUCUGGAAGCCGGAGCAAAUCCCAACGCCAUCGACGCAGACGGCAACAUCCCCCUUCACUGUUUGCUGCCUAAAAACGAUUUUGAAUAUUGGCUCACGAAUCCCUGGGACAACCCGAAUGAAAAUGAUAUUCCAGUGAUUCGAUCAAAUUUUAUUGAAAGUGUUCGAGUUCUUUUGGAUGCUGGGAGCCACGUAGACCAAUCGAAUCGACGACGUGAAUCGGUCUUGGAACUUUUGAAGCGAAACAGAAAGAAGCAGCAAAGUUUCAAAGCGUCAUUCGAUUCGCGUCUUGAUGACGUGAUUCAUAGCGUUUUACCUCUAACUUGUUAUUGUGCUCAAUCAAUCCAGAAGAAUAAUAUCCCUGUUGAAAACUUACCACCCACUCUGCAGCUGUUUGUUCGAAAUCACUGAACUGCCGCGCCAAGACUUUCGUUUGUCAUUUUCGACUGAAGAUGGCUCUGCGCUGCUACGUCAUCUGCUCUACUGUUUAGCAUGCACGUUCAUUUCAAAACUCAUGUGGUUCUCGAAAAAGUGGAAAGUCUUGUUACGGUAUUUUCUUCGUUGAUGGAUUGCCUGUCAGUUUUAUUUAGAUUCCCUCAUUUGUUGAAAGUGUGCUUGUAUUACACAAAUUUGGAACAACA